AUGGUAGAACGGCCGGCUCUGAGGAACGGUUCUAGAAUCACGCAUUUCACUUUCGCCGGCGUUUCACAAUUCCCCGAAACGCAGGCACUCGUCUUCGCCUUCGUGUUAAUCGUUUACUUGGCGACCCUCGGAGGGAACGGAACCAUCGUGCUCCUGAUCUUCCUGGACCCCCUGCUUCACACGCCUAUGUACUUCUUCCUGUGCAACUUGUCCUGCGUGGACGUCAUGUACACCACGGUGACGCUCCACCGCAUCCUCUACACGUUUAUCUCCGGAGACAGCGCCAUUUCAUUCCCGGAGUGCUUCGUGCAGCUGUACUUCUUCAUGUCCUUGGUGGGCAUCGAACUGUUGAUCUUGACGGCCAUGAGCUACGACCGCUACGUGGCCAUCUGCAACCCGCUGCGUUACCCCGUCGUGAUGAACUCCAAAGCCUGCGCGGCCCUGGGCGCAACGUGUUGGGUGCUGGGCUUCUUGGACACGGUCCCUUUCACUUACAUAGUCCAUGGCUUCUCCUGCUACGUUUCCAACACCAUCAACCACUUCUUCUGCGACCUUCUGGCCCUCAUGAAGCUUUCGUGCAGCGACACCUCGCUCCUGGAACACACGAUUCUAACGGAAGCCGCGUUUUCCGGGCUCACUCCGUUCGUGCUCACGUCGGCUUCGUACGUCUGCAUCAUCAGGACGAUCCUGGGCAUCCAAACCGCCACGGGGAGACGCAAGGCCUUCUACACGUGCUCCUCUCACCUUGCGGUGGUCGUUCUCUUCUACGUCACGCUCUCCUGCUUGUAUCUCAGGCCCACGGCCAUGUUCUCCUUGGACUCGGACAAGCUGCUUUCGCUGGUGUACACGGCUGUCGUGCCCAUGUUCAACCCGUUGAUUUACAGCUUGAAAAAUAAGGACGUGAACGCUGCGUUAAAAGGCUUGGUAAAGCGAUACGAGAUGCUAAUGGUUGCCAUGGAAACAAGAAAUAAACACAUAGAAGAAGCUGAAAUAAAACGGCGAGAUUCUGUAGAUAGAACGGUGGCAGCGAUGGAACGGACGAAGAUUUUCGUUUCGCGCAUGUUCUGUUCGUUAUCGGGAGGAAACGGCAAAGCUUGA